CUGAAGACACAAUCUGAACUGCAGCCUUGAGCACCAUUUAAUAUACUGUAGCGGAGUCUCCAGCUGUCGCCUAACAUUAUUUCUUUGCACUUCUGCGUCUGAGGGAUUGAGGAGGAGAGAGGGAAGGCAGGUGUACAGAGAGAGAGAGAGAAAUCAGGGUCAGAGUAAAUUUCAAAAGCUGCCACUGCAUUUGAAAUUUUCAUUUUGUUGGUCCUUCGCGUUAUUGUUGGUUUCCGAGGUGAAACAUGAAUGGACAAAGUGGCGAUUGCUCCACUCACGGAAUGGCUGUGCGUCAUCGCAGCAGCGCCAAUAGCGAGAACGCCUCCUGCGCUACCAAAUAUUAAAGCUGCUCUCCUCCGUGUUCCACACACUGAACCUGUUUUACUCCGGGUCAUCAAUGUCUGCUCAGUCGUAUUUUCAGUUUUUAUGCUUUCACGUUUAAAAAAAAAAGGCGCAAUGGAUUUAAACUUCACGCUCCUGGGGCGCGAUUUGUCCGGCUGGGGCGCGCUGGCGCAGAGACUCUUUGGGAAUAACUCACUGUCUCCGUUUGAUAACAGCACUGCCGCUUCUAAAACGGACGAGGAAGACUUGGAAGUCAACACGGAUGUUUACUCCAAGGUGAUAGUCACUGUCAUCUACGUGGCUCUGUUCGCUGUGGGCUCUCUGGGGAACUCCAUCACCCUGUACACACUGCUGACCAAAAAGACCCUGCAGAACCUCCAGAGCACCGUGCACUAUCACCUGGCGAGCCUCGCCGUGUCCGACCUGCUGAUCCUCGUCCUCUCCAUGCCCAUCGAGCUCUACAACUUCAUCUGGUUCCACCACCCGUGGGUAUUCGGGGACGCGGUGUGCAGGGGUUACUACUUCCUCCGGGACAGCUGCUCCUACGCCACCGCGCUGAACAUCGCCAGCCUGAGCGUGGAGCGCUACAUGGCCAUCUGCCAUCCGUUCAAAGCCAAGAGCAUCAUGUCCCGCAGCCGCACCAAGAAACUCAUCAGCGCCAUGUGGCUCGCCUCCUUCGCGCUCGCCACGCCGAUGCUCUUCAUCAUGGGCCAGGAGACACGUAAAGGCGAGAAGAUAUGCACCGCCAUCGUCUCCCCCGUCACCAUGAAAACUGUUCUUCAGGUGAAUGCGUUUCUGUCCUUCGUGGUUCCCAUGGUGGCCAUAUCUGCGCUGAACGGGAUCAUAGCCAAUCAGCUGCUGCGAAUGUUCCGCGAGGCAGAGCAAGACAACCGGGUGUGCAUCAUUGGGGGAAAUCCCACCAUGCUGAACGUCACAGUGGAGCCAAACCGCGCUCAAUCGCUUCGCCAUGGAGUUCUUGUCCUCCGAGCGGUGGUCAUAGCCUUUGUGGUCUGCUGGCUGCCCUAUCACACUCGCCGCCUCAUGUUUUGCUACAUCUCUGACUGGUCCGAUGACUUGUAUGACUUCUACCACUAUUUCUACAUGCUGACCAACAUCCUGUUCUACGUCAGCUCGGCCAUAAAUCCGAUCCUCUACAACCUGGUGUCAGCCACCUACCGCCAGAUCUUCUUCUCCACACUGCGCUACUUCUGCAUGCCGUGCCGACGUACGCCCAGGAGGCACCCCCACCCCCUGACCCGCCACUCUAUUAGCAUCUCCAGCAACCACACCCUCUCCACCAACAUCAUCAAAGAGACGGCGUACUGAUUGGACUGCAUUACACUUUCUCUUACUAAGAAUCAAUCCGCUGCCAUUUUGUGGUUACUGGUCCAACUUCAUCAAAGAAAUUCUGGUACUGAGUUGGCAAGGCUAACAGAUCCACUACUUGGACACAUCGCCAUUGUCAUGUAGGGUCAGGUGUCCCAGUUCAAGCUGGGUGUCCUGACAAAUAUUUGUAAAACACAGUUUUCAACAAAUUGUCCUGGUUUUCACUUCGAUUGGAAAUAAUGAUCAUAAUAUUAUAGUUGUUUUCAGUGCUUACAUAGACAUUUAUCAUGUCCUAUACCAAUCAUUAGACAUAUUACCUAACCGAUAUAAAAAUUUUAACGGUGCGGCGUGUGGCAUGACUUCAACACUGAUUGGUCUGCAUGUGUGUCAAUCAAUCAAUGUGGCGUUGUCAAGGGAGUUGCUAGCCUAUGAGUCAUGGUGGUUCUUUCUGACAGAACUUGUCAGUAUGCUAACGGUUAGCUGUCUUGUCAUGCUGAUGAGAUCGGCAAUUGGUCUUUUCCAAAGAGGUCCAGGAGGCUUACUUACUUAACUUCCUUCAGACAUUCAUGGCAACCAUGGUGUUAAAAGUUGCGCUCGGGAGGUGUAAUAAGAGCUGGAAUAAAUGUCCCCCAUCCUGAUGAAUACGCCUAUGGUGCAUGCAUAAAUGCAUUUAUGUGUGCAUGCAUGAAGGUGCAGCGCACUUAAUGGUCCUGGUUUUGGGGGUUGUGGGUCAUCCUUGCCAGGUGCCCAGUCUGAGACCACUGUGAUUUCAUUUCAGAUGCACAUUUUAUCACAAAUUGUUGGGUCUUUUAUUGUUACAGUUAUUGUAUAUAGUUAUUGUAUCUUUGUUCAGCAUAACAUGAGUUUGUGAAAUGAAAGAGAGAAAAAAUAAAAUAAAAUAUGACAAUGGAUAAAUGAAAAACAGGGAGGAGGAUAGAUAAUGGAUAUGUGAAUGUUUUAUACAGUAUGUUACAUGUUUAUAUUGGACCAAUCAUCUACACUUGCUUGGUGCUAUACAGUAUAAAUGACUGGUGUUUCAGUGUUUUAAAGCAUCAAUCUCUGAAAAAAAAAAACAACAAUGAAUAGCUUCUGGCAAUACUUGCACCUCAACAAAUUCUCAUGUCAGCCUCCUUUGUGCUAUUUUGGAUGAGCAUCUGUGGAUAAUCCCUCCAUUGAUGUUAGAAAAAAAGGAUCCAAAGAGUAGGUAUUUCUCUUUCAUAGAUCUGAGUUGCACUGAGUUGCACGGUGUAGGACGAAUCUCUUGCAUCACUGUCACUUGCCUGUCUUGUUUUGAUUUUUUUUACAACUGCUUUUUGACAAAAUGUUAGUGGGUGUGUCCAGAUAAUGUUGUAUCUGAAUGUUCCAAGAUAAUUUGGCAAAAUGGAGGGGGUUCUUGUCACACUGCUUAGUACAAGAAGACAUUAUGAUUACCUCUGGUAAUAGCCUGUAUUCAUAAACGCCUUUAGAAGAUGUAAUGUAAGAGCAGAAGUGGCUGUAAUUGAUUAUUUGUACAGGUGUGACCAUGUGGAGCAAAUAACACAUGGUAGACAUUAAUUAAUGUACUGACACAAGCAUGCUUAUGCUGAACAUAAUAUCUGGCCUGUGUGGGCAGAGGAAGCAGCACUUAGACAGACACAGUGCCCCCACUCUAAUGCUUUCCCACCAGCCGCUGCUUGAGAAAUCAGAGAUCUGGGGACUUUUCGAUGAAGAGGAAGACGAGGAUACGAAACAAAUCUUCAGCUAAAGCGCACAAAGAUUUCUACGGAGGAUUAUAGAAAUGCAAUUGCCAUCAUAUAUCCAUGUGCCAGCAACAGCAUUUUAAAAGGCCAUUUUGACCUGAAGUGCAUUUCCUAUUAGCCUCCUGCAAAUUAUUAUUAGCCCAGUGCACCAUCCCAGUAACCCUUGGAAUUACAUCCGAUUCCACACAUCAUGAUUUAUGUUCAGUGCCACUGCAGGAAGUAUUGUGCCCUUGAUUUAACGAGGCAGAACGUGAGGGUGGGGAAGUCAAGGAGGCCACAGACUUGCAGUUUAUGUUUGCUGUUUUUAUUAACUGUAACCACGUCGUGUCGUCAAGGUUGCCUUUAUUUUCCAAUAACAAUGGUCUUUCCUCAACCUCAAUCAUACCUUCACCAAGUGUUUUACACACUGGUUCAUGCAUCCAAGUGCGCCUGAGGGCAAAAGUGUUUAUAGUUGCUCUAAACAGCAACACUCAAACAAGGAUAGCCGCGUACACCUCAGGUUGAAUAUCUGGCCUAUUGCCACAUGAUGUGGGCUUAAUUUUCAGACUGUGAGUUACAGAAAAAUACAGAAAGAUGAAGGGGGUUACAGAGUUGGUGUUUCAGACAUCUGAAGAAUACUGUCACCUUAACCAUAACCAUACAUCAGCCAGAGUUUAUUUGCAAUAAUCGUGAUCUAUAAAUCGCAUUAACCAUACCGUAGUUGCUACAAAAAGACAUUGCAUGAAGCAAGAAUGUAAUCAGAGGUUUUGCAGAAACGUCCAAUAUUGAUGUUUUUGUUUUGCAAUAGGUUUAUCUGCAAAUCUGCAUCUUGCACUACUUAGUGUUGCUGUAUUCUAUUAACGUGCCCACCCUGUUACUGUUAUUGACUGUACUGAUUACAACUUCAGACACUGUAUAAGCAAAUUGUAAGAAGUACCUGACUUUACACACAAAAUCCUACUGAGAACAGGCAAUAUACUUAUUUACUUACUACAUGAUCUAAUGUUACGGCAAGCUAAACUGAAUCUUGUCAGUAUGGUUGGGUCUCAGACCUUUGGACCCCACUGCAUAUCAAACAUUAAAACAGGCCAGCUGUUUUAAAUGUGUCAUCAUAAUCGUAUUAGUGAAAUUGGCCGAGCUUUUCUCUGUAAGGAGUGACGUGUUGCUUGUGCUGUCAGUAUCCUGAAGCACCCGUGUGUAGAGUGUGAGCGUAAUGAUUUCUCCACACACGCACUUGUAAAUUCCUAACAGAGUUCAAGUAAUUUACAAUUUAUGUUACUUGUUAAUGUGCUUCUGCACAAGUCACUUAUGUUUCUUGCUUUAAAGGGAUCAAUGAAUCAACAGCACUUGACCAUUUUAUUCACAGUCAUUUUCAGCUGGUGGUGAGAGAACUCAGACUGUCACUCUCACUGAUUUCAAUUUGCCACCAAAGUGGCCAACUAAAGUGAUGAGGAUUCAGGGGAUCACCAGUUAUACUGAGUUAUUACAGUUCAACCUGAGGGGAAUAUGGAGGUCUCUAUAGUUUUUCAUAAUACUACAGUUGUGCAAAAAGAUAAGCAACAGUUACAUGUCUAUGUAUUCAGCAUUUACCACCUUAAAGUGGCAAUGAGAUAACACAAGGGUGAUGAAAAGUAUUGCAUUAUUUAUAUGUUUGCAGUCUUAGGAACCCUGUGUCUGUAUUUAACUGGCGAAUUAUGAGUCGACUUUUAUUAUGAAGUAGUCACAGAAAGAGAAAAGUGUUUGUUAGUCUACAAAUCAAGACAACAUUCAUUUUUGGCAUAUUUCUGACAGAAGAUCAAUUUGAAAUAUUGCAGGCACUAGUGGAAGAAAGAGCAGCCAUAGUGAGCUGUAACAUGAAGAGCUGCAGGCAACAGGCUGCACACAUCCCACUUCACAGCAGUUUGACCAACUCCUAUCACUGUGUUGUGCUGUGCAGCAUGAAAUCAGAUCACAGCUGCUCACAGAUUGAUGGAAAAAGGUUAUUUGCAGACAUUAUUCAAUCAACAAUAGUUUGUUUUCCUGGCACCACAAUUUUGUGACCUGUAGUAUUAAACCACAUAAGCUGUUACUACCAGUAACUAAAACUGUUGCCAAAUCAACCAGGAGUGAAAUUUAAUCAAUUAGAAUAAACCUACAAUGUUCCCCAGCGCUUUUGUUAUACUGUAAUAAAUAUAUGACACUCUCGCCAUCUUCUCAGUGCAUAUCACAGCAGUAAAUUGCCAAAAAAAUUGUCAUUUUUAAUAAAGUGUACAUAGUUAUUAUUGGUGAAAGUUAUUUGCUGAGCUUUGUAUUGGUGGAUAUGGCUCUGUGUUCCUGUACAGUACCUGUGUUGUUGUUGAAUCUGUAUAUACUGUAUGCUCUAUUAAAACUUCAUUCGGGCCAACCAUCAGAUUCCCUUUCCCACAGCUUCACCAGCCAUAUUGAAUGGAGUACAUGAAAAAAAAAAAGAUAAGCGGAGAUAAGCUUUGCCAGCCCAGAGGAAUCGUCUGCCCUGCUAAUCAUAUGGGGACUAGACAUCGUUCUAUCCUAGGCAGAUCUAUCCUUCAUCAUACAGGCACCGCUGCCUGACCAUGUGCGUUCUAUUCUGUACAGUUCUGCAGCUUACUGAAGAUCCAAACCAAAAUUUGCUCUCAAGUUUUCCUCUCUGGAUCAUCAUACAAACGCUCAUCAUGAAAUCUAGAUUUUACAGUUUAAUUAUUUUUUUCUUUUUCCACGGGGCAUCCGGACAUGACAUCCUAGUAACACCUCUGCUGUAUAUCCCUUUAAAUGUACAAACUAUUCAGACUGUACUCUCGACUUUGCAGUACAGACCUGCACAUGGAUGUGUAUAACUUGAAUGUGUCUUAAGCUACAUCCACACUACUACAUUUCAGUUUUAAAACACAUCUCUUUUGUCAUGUUUACUCCUGGUGUCCACACGCCUUCGAAACGCUUCUGACUCCGUUUUAUAUUGAAAAGUCUGUGCUUGAGUGGUAGUCUGGACUGGAAGAAACAGAGACCUUUGGAAACAAUGACGUAAACACACAUGGUCGCUCCCUGAUUGAGUCUUUUCAGUCACAAAUGCCAGUGAUGAAUGCAACAUGGUUGAUAUAUUACAAACAUUGCUGACCUCGCUGUCUUUGCUAGCAGCGGUUGUUCCUUGUCUGUAUUAUUUUCUGCAACUAAUCAACUGCAGAGAAUACAAUCUGCUUCCUGUUUACACCUACACACGCAUACCCAGUGUGUGUGACUGGUCACGCAAUAUGUGUUUUCAGGUGUGUUAGUUAUGGAGCUAAAUAGUCGUCGAUCGAUUUUGUUUUGAAGCUCUGUUUUAAAAUAAAAAUGUAGUGGUGUGGACUUAGCCUUAACCCAGUGUUCAUUGUAUUUAAAUAAAAGGAAUAUUUUGCUCAUUUUAGUUGAUGAUUCAGAUCAGCCAUGUUUAACUGUAUAUCACAGAAUGUUAUUUCAUUAUAAAAAGAAAUAAUAAAAGAAUUAAGACAUUCUA